AUGGAAGGGAUCACGCCCGAGAAACACAGGCCCAACCUCUGGCUGGCAUCGGCCGUUGCCGGGCUGGCGUUCCAUGCAUUCGUCCAGUAUAUUGACAUCCUUGACGUUCUUGUCUGGUACAUGCUGGGCUGCUUCGCUGUAGCGGCGAUGGGAAUGUUCUAUGUCGACGUUCGACUGUACCAUUCAACUCCUGUCGACGCGGCAAAAGACGUCGUAACUACCGCGACGAGCUUCACGCUGAGCCUGACAGUCUCCAUCCUCAUCUACCGCGCUUUCUUCCACCGACUGCGCCGCUUUCCUGGCCCAUUCGCGGCUAAGCUGACCAGACUCUGGAGCGUGUACGAGUCCUCCAAGGCGUUCAAGUACCACCUCAAGCUCGAAGAACUCCACAAAAAGCACGGCGAUGUUGUUCGGAUCGGUCCCCGCGAGCUCUCCAUCACCCGCGCGUCCGCCCUGCCUCAGAUCGCGGGCUGCCGUAAACCCAUUUUCUACCAGCAAGCGGACUGGAACCGGAAGCGUGUCGGCAUGUUGGAGACGCGGGACCUCGAGGACCACCGCAAUCGCCGAAAGCCGUGGGAAAAAGGCCUCAGCCUGACAGAAGUCGCCAAGUACGACGCCGACAUGCAAGCCACCAUCGGCCUCUUCCUCGACCAGAUCGCCUGCGACCGCGGCCAGCGCAUCAACGCGACCCAGUGGAUCGCCAUGCUCACCUACGACCUGAUGGGCGUCGUCGCCUUCGGAAAAGACUUCGGCAGCCUGCACGCCACCAAGGAGAACCCGGCGAUCAAAGGGCUGCGCGAGUCGAGGCGUGCGCUGGGCGUACUGUUUCCGGUGCCGUGGCUGAUCAACAUGCUGCACAACACGCCAGGCCUGGCGAAUGCGGGCGCAAUGGCCUUGUUUCGAAACUACUGCGCCGGGCUGGUGGAGGAGAAGAGGGCGACGCUCCAAAGCCAUCCAGAAUCCGCCACCCCCCCACCACCCAACGACGUAAUGACCUUCCUCAUCCGCGCCUUCGCCGCCGGCGGCCCCACCGCCGCGCCCACCCUCUCCGCCCUCCACUCCGACGGCCGCUCCCUCGUCGUCGCCGGCGCCGACACGACCCACUCCGCCCUCACAGCCGCCUUCUACCACCUCGCCGCGCACCCGCCCACCUACGCCCGCCUCCAAGCCGCCAUGGACGCCGCCUGCCCCGGCGACAACAGCGGCGGCGACAACAGCGGCGGCGACAACAGCAGCGGCGGCGACGCCACCACCUUCUCCCACGACGCCGCCAAAUCCGUGCCCCUCCUCGACGCCGUCAUCACCGAGACGCUGCGCCUGCACCCGCCGCUCCCCGGCGGCACGCCGCGCCUCACGCCGCCCGAGGGCCUGCGCCUCGACGACUCGUUGCGCAUCCCCGGGGACGUGCACGUGUGGGUGCCGCCGUGGGUGGUGCAGCGGGACGGGCGGUAUUUCGAGCGGCCGGAGGAGUGGGUGCCGGAGCGGUGGAUGAGGGUGGAGGAUGGGGGCGUGGAGGGGCUGGUGAGGGAGAGGAGGGCUUGGUUCACGUUUUGGGUUGGGAUGUUUGGGUGCGCGGGGAAGCAGCUUGCGUAUUGGGAGAUGAGGAGCGUGCUGGGGCGGUUGGCGUUGCGGUAUGAUAUCCGCUUUGCGUCGGCGCAGGAUGGGAAGGAUUUUGAGAGGGAUAUGAAGGCUAUGUGGACGUUGGCGCCGCCGCCGUUGGGGAUGUGUUUUCGGGAGAGGAAGCUGAGGAAGAAGAUUUGA